GGUGAGAGGUCAGGGCGGCGGCGGCGCCGCGUCCCGGCCCGGUCCCGGUUCCGGCCCGGCCGCGGUCCCGGCCCGGUGAUGGCGGCCCGGCGGCUCCGCGGGGCCCUCCAGCUCGGGGCGCGGCAGCGCCUGCGGGCCGCGGCGGCCCCGCCCGGCAGGCACGCGUUCCCGUGCGGGCUCCGCCCGUCCCGCCCGGCCCGGCCCGUCCUGGCCUGGGAGCCCCGAGCUCAGCCCAGCCGGGGCUUCCUGAGCCUCAGCAACAAACGCAAGGAGUACUCGGAGAGACGGAUCAUCGGGUACUCCAUGCAGGAGAUGUACGACGUGGUGGCCAACGUGGAGGACUACAAGAACUUCGUGCCCUGGUGCAAGAAAUCCGUGGUGGUGUCGCGGCGCCAGGGCCACCUCAAGGCGCAGCUGGAGGUGGGGUUCCCGCCCGUGCUGGAGCGCUACACCUCCAUCGUCACCCUGGUGCGGCCCCACCUGGUCAAGGCCGUCUGCACCGACGGGCGCCUCUUCAACCACCUGGAGACCAACUGGCGCUUCAGCCCCGGCAUCCCCGGCUACCCCCGCACCAGCACCGUGGAUUUCUCGAUCUCCUUCGAGUUCCGCUCCCUGCUGCACUCCCAGCUGGCCACCGUGUUCUUCGACGAGGUGGUCAAGCAGAUGGUGGCCGCCUUCGAGCGCCGAGCGGCCAAAACCUUCGGGCCCGAGACGCGAAUCCCGCGGGAGCUGAUGUUCCACGAGGUGCACCAGACGUGAGGGGCGGAGCGGGGCCCGCCCCGAGCCCAAACCCCCCCAAAAAUAUUUAUUCAACCAAGUGCGUUUCUCUCUCUCCUCCGCUGCUGUUGCCUCAACGCCCCCCCCGGGGCUGCUGUGAGCCCCCUGCCCUCAAUCCCAGCAGCUGAUUUUGCAGCUGGUUUGGGGUUUUAAGGUUUGGUUUCGUUGUUGGUUUUUUUGUUUUUUUUUUGUUUUUAACCCUUUUUUGGUUCUUUUUAAGCUCCUCAGCCAGGCUGGAGGGCCCUGAUAGGGGCAGCUCU